AUGUCAUUAUCGAUGCUCAACGAUGACAUUUAUCGCUUGGUUCUCUCGUUUCUUUCCAUUUCGGAAUUAAACCGAGUUCAUGAAACAAGUAAAACUUUUAGGAUGGCACAAUUAGCAACCGAAGAUUGUCUGUGGAAAAAUUAUACUUUGAAAACCAUCAAUGCAUUGGUUCAACGAGCUCAAUAUAAACUACCAUCUCUUGAUGGUUUUAAAACAAGUACAACAAUUGACGAUUUUUAUCUUCCAUACAUGAAUCACGGACAUGCAAUUCAAAAAGAUUUCAAGCUCUGUCUCAUUCAUUUACAAACCCAAAUGAAUAUAAAAGUAGAGAAUAAUAUGAAGAAUGUGAUGAAACAAUUAACUUCACUUCAAAAAUCGUCAAAAUCUAAAGAGUCACCUUUUAUUGAUCAAUCACAACUGGUAAAUCUUAAAGAUCAGAUAAUUAACCAAUAUGCAACUCAAUUACUUCAUUCACCACUCAAAUUUAAAGCAGUGUUCAAUGGAGAAGGUGCUGUUGGAAAAAGCUCCUUAAUUUAUACUAUUAGUUAUGGAACGUUUCCAGACUAUUGGAUGUUUAGAACAGAUGGAGCCAUGUUAAACAAAACACUUGACAAUAAUAUCAAGAUGGAAUUAUCUCUAUGGGAUACUGCAGGCCAAGUGGAUUAUGACAAAUUACGAGUUCUUUCAUAUCCAGAGACAGAUGUAUUUCUUGUGUGCUUUGAUGUGGCCAAUUUAGAGAGUUUUUGGAAAGUACAUGAACGAUGGAUUCCUGAAAUUCGAAAUUUUUCUCAAUAUAACAUUCCCAUCUUGUUAAUUGGAUGCAAAACUGAUUUAAGGAACGAUACAAGCAUGUUACAACGAUUGAGAGAACAACAUUUUCGAACACCCAUCACUCCCUCCAUGGGAGAAAGUCUUGCAAAGGCAUGUCAUUGCUUAUCAUAUGCAGAAACAUCUUCGUUGUACAAUAAUGGCUUGGAUGACUUGACUACACUCAUGUUUCGAUCAGUUAUUUUAAAAGCAACUCAUGGAUUCCAGCAAUUAUUUCCACAACACUCAAAUCGUUGCAUGUUGCAAUGA